GCAGGAGCUUGGGGGCCAGUGGCAGGAACAAGUCUUUUCCGACCCGAUGGAGCUGUAUGAGACAUCCCCCUACUUCUACCAGGAGCCCCACUUCUAUGAUGGGGAAAACUACCUGCCUGUCCACCUCCAGGGCUUCGAGCCCCCAGGCUAUGAGCGGACUGAGCUCAGCUUGAGCCCGGAAGCCCGAGGGCCCCUGGAAGAAAAGGGACUGGGAACCCCUGAGCACUGUCCAGGCCAGUGCCUGCCGUGGGCGUGUAAAGUGUGUAAGAGGAAGUCAGUGUCUGUGGACCGGCGGAGAGCAGCCACACUGAGAGAGAAGCGCAGGCUCAAGAAGGUGAAUGAGGCCUUCGAGGCCCUGAAAAGGAGCACCCUUCUCAACCCUAACCAGCGGCUGCCUAAGGUGGAGAUCCUACGCAGUGCCAUCCAGUACAUUGAGCGCCUCCAGGCCCUGCUCAGCUCCCUCAACCAGGAGGAGCGGGAUCUCCGCUACCGAGGCGGGGGCGGGCCCCAGCCGGUGGUGCCCAAUGAAUGCAACUCCCACAGCGCCUCCUGCAGUCCAGAGUGGGGCAGUGCACUGGAGUUUGGUCCCAACCCAGGGGAUCAUCUGCUUGCAGCUGACCCUACAGAUGCCCACAACCUGCACUCCCUCACCUCCAUCGUGGACAGCAUCACAGUGGAGGAUAUGUCUGUUGCCUUCCCAGACGAAACUAUGCCUAACUGAGAUUGUCUGCCAGGCUGGGUGUCCGUGUGAGCCCCCAAGUUGGUGACAAAGGCCACCACUUCUGCUGCAGGGGCCUUUUAAACGAGGCUGUCCUGGUGCCAAGAAAAGAGCCCCAGACUGCCACAGGCCAGACUACCCACUCCCCAUUCACAUAAGGCUAACACCCAGCCCAGGGAGGGAAUGGAUGCCUUCAUUUAACUGACUCCUAAGAGCAGAGAGCAUCCCCUUCCAAGGAAAGAAAGAUGGAGUCCAGAGAACCCCCUUGUGGAUGUCCCCCAAUGGGGCAAACUCAGGAGCUUUUUUUAAAAAAAUCAUAAUAUGCCUUUAAUUCCACCCCCCAAAUGAGAGACAGAGACAGCGCCCUGAUCUGGACAAGCAUGCACAUCUGUUCCGAUCUCUUCCUGAUGCCAGUGGCUGGGCUGGGCCUGCCCUGAGUUGAGAGAGAAGGGCGAGGAACUACCCGGUUCCAAAGUCCCUGGGGGCCAAGCUUUUGCAGUGGCUAUUGGGAACCUUCCUGUGGUUUGUGUUUUGUUUUGUUUUUGUUUUGUGUGUUGUUUGUAAAGCUGCCAUUUGACCAAGGUCUCCUGCGCUGAUAUUGCCAGAGACAGGCAGGGAAGGGGGUGGGGCUCUUGGGGUGACUUCUUUUGUUAACUAAGCAUUGUGUGGUUUUGCCAAUUUUUUUUUUUUUUGUAAUCCUUUUGCUAACUUAUUUGGAUUUCCUUUUUUAAAAAACGAAUAAAGACUGGUUGCUA